CUAUUGGACUAAUUCUUUCAAAGGCCCAAUAUUCUAAUCAGCUUCGAAGGCGUCAGCAACUCUUCAGUCGAUUUCUAUGGAAACUUCAAUGGACUUCUCUUUCUCCAGAAGCCAACGCACCGAUAAUCAAAUCGAGUUAGAGACGAAAUUAUCAAAGAUUUUGUUUCAAAAAGUUAUUCUCAUUGUCAUGGUGAUCUUCCUAGCAGACAAAGCACAUCCACAACGCUGCUUCAUUUUUGAUAUUGAGGAUUGUAUUCCAGCAAUGAACGAUAAUACACCACCCAGUGAAAAAUGUUGUGAUGAAUUAAGACAACAGAAAGAUUGUCAAUGUCCUUACUUACAAGUUUUCUUCGAAUUUGAGAACAUUAUUAGUGGUUGUCAUAUCGAUUUGAAAGAACCUUGUCCCUAUGAUACUCUAUACGCCGAGCAAUAAAAUCCAUUUUUACUAGUUUGUUAAAAAUAAUCGCCUUGUUUAUGAACAAGAGACGAUAUCCAAUAUCUAUGUGCG